AUGACGACCGUUCAGAAGAUCAAGGAAAUCGAAGAUGAGAUGAACAGGACCCAGAAGAACAAGGCUACGGCCAAGCACUUGGGUCUGCUCAAGGCCAAGCUCGCCAAGCUCAAGCGCGAUCUCAUCUCCCCGGCCAAGGGUGCCGGCGGUGCCGUCGUGGGCGAGGGCUUCGACGUCACCAAGACUGGUGACUCCCGUAUCGGCCUCGUCGGUUUCCCGUCGGUGGGCAAGUCGACCCUGCUGACCAAGCUCACCGAGACCGAGUCUCUCAUCGCCGCCUACGAGUUCACCACCCUCACGUGUAUUCCCGGCGUCAUCUACUACAAGGGCGCCAAGCUUCAGCUUCUCGAUUUGCCCGGUAUUAUCGAGGGAGCCAAGGACGGCAAGGGUCGAGGUAAGCAGGUCAUCGGUGUGGCCCGCACCUGCAACCUGAUCAUCAUCACCCUCGACUCGCUCAAGCCCCUCGGCCACAAGCUCAUCAUCGAGAACGAGUUGGAGGGCUUCGGCAUUCGAUUGAACAAGAGCCCACCGAACCUCACCUUCAAGCGCAAGGAGAGGGGCGGCGUCAACCUCACCUCCACCUGCCCUCUGACCAAUCUCGACGCGGACAUCUGCAAGGCGGUGCUGAGCGAGUACAGGAUCCACAACGCCGACGUGAGCCUGCGGUACGACGCCACGGUGGACGACCUCAUCGACGUGAUCGAGGGCAACCGCGUCUACAUUCCGUGCCUCUACGCGCUCAACAAGAUCGAUCAGCUCACGCUCGAGGAGCUCGACGUCAUCGACAAGAUCCCCCACUACGUGCCCAUCUCGGCCCACCUCGAGUGGAACCUCGACGGCCUCCUCGAGAAGACCUGGGAGUACCUCGACCUCACCAGAAUUUACACCAAGCCCCGUGGUCAGAUCCCCGAUUACACCGCGCCCGUCAUUCUUCGCGGCAGCGCUCGUACCGUGGAGGACUUCUGUAACAGGAUCCACAAGGGCCUUCUCAACCAGUUCAAAUAUGCGCUCGUGUGGGGUAGCAGUGUGAAGCACAACCCGCAGAGAGUGGGCAAGGAGCACGUCCUCAACGACGAAGACGUCAUCCAGAUCGUCAAGAGGAUCUAA